AUGGCAGAGUUGAAGGAGCCGGCGCACAACAGCCUCUGGUACGCCAGCCCGGUGCAGAUGCCGUCGAGUCGUUCCGGUCACGGCGUGGACGCAGGGCUUUCGAAUCCAACUUCAGCAUCACCUCAUUCAGCACGACCGAGACAAGGUGGCUGGGGCAGCGUGGACCACCACCAGCAGUAUCCCUCGUACAGCCGCUAUUCCCAGGACGACACAAACGACCCGUACGAGAGGCAUCAACACCCCUCUUUGUCGAGUCAUCAGAGUUUUCCAAACCUCAAACGGCCAUACUCGGCAACAGAGCAACCUCCAUACCAGGAGAUCGUCCAGGACCUGCGAGACGAUGGCUCAAAGCUCGGCGUUGGACACGACCACAAGCUGCUCUCGUUCAGGAAAGUCCCGGACAAGCAUACAAUCCUCGACCACCAUGGUCGCAUGCAACAGUUGGAGCUGACUGCUCAACUACAUGGCAUGUUCUUUCUCUCUGAGAUGCCAGCGACCAACAACGACGGAUCCGUCAUGCAACCGGAGCUCACUUGUUACCGGCGAAACCUUUUCCAGGUCAGCGGAUCGCUGAUCACCCCAAGGGGACAAAUGUCUGUCAUUACGGAGACUGGGGAGACAGCACCAGUGAGCAGUACAGAGGUGACCAUUUCAUCGAUUGAGUCGGUUGAUGGUCAUCCUGUUCGACUGAUCGUCAUUCCGUGGAAAACCCCUCCACCGAACUCGCCGGAGGUAUCCCAAGCGCCCGAUCAAGAGCCAUCAUCGCUACCAUUGAUUCCAUUCCAGGACGAUGGUUCAGACGCGGACGGAGAAUACGCAGUCUACCCCAUCGGAUGGAGGCGUCUGCAGUUCCGAAUCGCGACGGCCAACAACGGCAGGAGGAAGGAGCUCCAGCAGCAUUUUGUGGUUCACCUGAAAGUCAUGGGGACGCUGGCCAACGGAUCCAAAGUUGUGCUGACGGAAGCUGCGACCGCACCAAUCGUGGUGCGAGGACGAAGCCCACGCAAUUUCCAAGCGAGAAAGGAGAUCCCACUCCUGGGGUCCAGCGCUGGGUCCCGAGGCCAGGCUCUUGUGGAGACUGGGCUGGGCAUUGUUGCUGGACCUCUGGCGAUCAAGCCUCAAGAGGUGAAGGCGAGGCCACUCAACAUGGAGCUGCCGCGGACAGCAUUUACGUUCAACGCACCCAAGCUGCCGGCGAGCCCUAUGGCUAGUAUGCGAUCGAACUCUUACCCGACAACAUGGAACCCAUCGAUGCCAUCUUCAGGGCCGGGAAAUUAUCCAGCAACAACGAUAGCGUCCGAUCCGUACCAGAAGAUGCCUCUCUCAGGGACUUCGGCAUACUCGGCCGAGCCACAAGACAUGCAGUCUCAUAUGCCCACCUCGAUGCCUUCCAUGCAGCUGUCGAUGGUUUCAAGCGACCAACCGGGGCAGCAGCAGCAACAACAACAAUCAGCGACAUCUCAAGUUCCGCCAAUAAGGACACAGUACGCUUCCUACGUCCAGAGCUCCAAUGCUCCUCCGCCGCUUUCCGUUUCUUCGACCGCGAACAGCAGCCUGAGCGUACCAAGAUAUGUGGACGACAGCAACCCGCGACCUACUAAGAGCCCUCGGCAUCCCAGCCACCCUUCCAUUCACGCUGGGUCGAUAUCGAGCACAGAGUCAUCUGGUGAAUACAGAUACGGACCCCCCUAUAGCGCCAUGAGCACCAACUCGGCCGAAAUCAGCCCCCAGACUUCUCAACACGCCUCAUAUUCAACGGGGCAUGGUGCCGGAGGGCACGAGAGCAGCGCUGGGGCCAGUGCUCAGUCCUCAAGCACCAUUCCGCCACCUAGGGACUAUUUCCCGCCGUCAACAUCGUGGACGACGACUGCGGGUGAAUCAAACGCGCCUACAUACACGAACGGGGACCAUCGGUCUUCCUACCCCUACUCGACAGAUCAGUACAAGACUGCGGGAGGUGUGAAGAGCGAUCCGCACGCCCCUCCUCCGCCUGUCUAUCCUGGCCAGGCGAUGAGCCAUUACUCGUGGAAUACUUCUUGA